AUGUCUCUAGCAAUCAGAAAGAAAAGCUGGGAAGAGCAUGUGACCCAGUGGAUGGGAUUGGCUUUGGAGUCUGUGGAGUAUAAUACAGCAUGUCGUCACGGACUUGUAGGUGCUAACUUGCAGACAAGUAUGGAACAAGAUGAGGUUUUGAGCGUGGACCGGAAAGAAAAGUGCGCUUCAUUUCCAGAGUGCUGUUAUAGUGGAGAUCUGAUUGGCUUCCCUGCAAAGCAGCUGGGAAAUGUUUCAAAGGAAGUGGAUGAAAAUGAUAACCAUGAGGAUGAGGAGUGUUUUCUGGAGGCUAGCACAGAAACUCUAGUCCAUGUGUCUGAUGACAAUGAUGACUAUCCAGCACUAAACCUGGAUAGUGUUAAUUACCACAUCACUGCUGUAGGAGGGGAACCAAAAGAUGAAGAGUUGAGUUUAAAUGGAGCGGGCUCCUUAACACAGAUGUUACCAAUAACAGAGUGUAACAAAGCAGCUGAAGCAUCUGGAAUAAUUGAAGAUACAAGUAAUGAACCUGGCUGUGACACGGUUCCUAAAGAGGAGGUGGAAGACAACGACGUUUGUGGCAGUAUUGGCCAAAGCCCAGAGCUUUGUAAUUGUGAAGGCUUAAAUGAAGUAGUUGUAGAGGAAGAAAAUCGCUCUAAUUCGCCAAAUGUGAAAGAAAUUAUUAUGCCUGGGAAGCAGCUGCUUCAUACUGCUGUAAUUGCACAACAGCGCCGGAAAUCUGAUGCUUUUAAAGAUGGGCUUGGAAAGUCUGAGUGUAAUGUGGUAGAGAGUGGGAUUUCUUCUGAAUCAUGCAGCAGCAGUGACAGACAACUCUGUUCAGCAGUGGAAUCCAGCGACUGCCUUAUGCAAUCUUCUCCUUGCUCUCACAUCUCAGCAGUGGAAAAUGGUCUGGAUGAAAGUGGUUUCACAGAACCUCAAGUGGCCCCUGAAAACAAAUGCCUUUCAAAUGUCAGUUCAGCAGAAGACAUUCAGUGUUUACAUGAAAGGAAUCAUUUGACCACACAAGAAUAUUCAGACACUCAAGUGAAACUGCGCAAAAGAAAGGAAAUAACAGAAGAUCGGGAUCGAUCACAACUGGAUUCAAUGGUGCUGUUAAUUAUGAAACUGGACCAGCUUGACCAGGAUAUUGAAAACGCUCUCAGUGCAGGCUCUUCCCCAUCCAGCACCCCAACAUACAAACGGAGGCAUAUACCUGAUGUUGAAUCUGGUUCUGAAAGUGGAGUGGAUGUUGCUUCAGUAAGUCAUUCACAAACAAACUUGUCUCCUAACAUCCAUGCUCCUGAUCUAACAUCUCCCUGUUCAGUAGCCAGCUCUGGAGCUAAACCAAAAGCUGGG